AUGUCUCAAUAUAAAGUUAGUACAAACACAAUCAAUUCAUAUACAUUGAGGAGCAACAGGCCUGCGGGGCUGGACUGGGUAGAACAAACGAGCUACAAACCAGUUUGGGACGACCAUCCUGGCACGGUGUUUACCUUCAAAUUUACUUCUUUAGAUCAGCGCAUUAGAGAUGAGGUGUCUCACAUGACACAUGACAAAGCUAAAGUGGAUUGCCCUGCAAGCACUGCUGACUUCAAAAUGAAGAAGACUGAUGAAGUGAAGAAGAGGAAUCGAAACUGUGGGGAAAAUGAGCAAGAAACCAAGGAAUCACAGGGCUGCAUAGGAGGAAUCACAGUGUCCGCAUCUGCUUAUCCUUCGUACGACUUGCCUUGUGUCGAAUAG